GUAAGAAGUCCUCUCAGUGUGUAUGACUGUUUAUGGGUGUGUAGAGAGAUAGUGAGGAAGGCAACACCUUGGUGCCAAAUGAAAACAAUCAGAGAUUUAUUAACGAAGGUACAAGGUUCAAAAAGUGGCAAAGCUUCAGAGUCAUUGACAGAGGAAGGCUGCACAGGAAUGAAGGAAUGAAGGGAAACAGCUGGUAGAUUUUCACCAACUUCUGACUUGAUGUGGACAUCUGUUCAUCUCAAAUACAGCUAUCUUUGAAUCAGGUCCAAAGUUUUGUCCUUACACGUCAUGGCUGACACUGCCUGGUGGAAACUGACCUUCUUGAAGAAGAAGUCAAAGGAGCCCAAGGUCCUUUAUGAAAUCCCAGCUGAGUACGGAAGCAACACGGGAAAUAAAGAGUUGUCCAACCCCCCACAAAGCAUAGAUAAUGCAGGCAGUCAGCUAAAUGCCAAGCUGGAAAAGAUCGUGGACAGGUCUGCUGCCAAAAGCCGUCAUGUCAAAGUCUCUAACUCUGGCCGUUUCAAAGAGAAAAAGAGGGUUCGAUCCACUUUGACUGAAAAUUCCAGUAUUUUCAACGAACACAACAGGACUGACGAAAACUUUGCAGUAGAGAAAUAGCACACAUUCUUAAAAAGAAGAUGCUCUUCGUCCAUAUGCAUUAUAUCUCUGCACUCACACACACACACACACACAUCUGUUUUUAAUCAGUGAAUCCAAAUCCACACACACACAAUGAAAUAAAAGCUAUUAUAAAAGCAACUAUAUUGCUGCAAAACUUCCUCAUUAUUCUUAGCUAGUUAUAAACCCAGAGAUGUUCUUAUUUACAUAAAGUAUUUUACAGAACAACAACAUUUCUCUUAUGGGGCAUAUUUUACAAGUACCUUUUAGGAGGUUUUCUGAAAAGAUGUUCAGAUAGCAGAAAAUUAUUAGCAUGGGCUAUUUACCCUGUGUGCAGAGAUGUGUAAUUUUUAAUAUUCAAUGUAUAAUUUGUACUAUUAAUUAAUCAGGCCUCUUUUAUGUGCAUUUUAACAUGAUGUUUGGAUUGUUUGUUAAAAAAAGUCUAAUUGUGUUGAUUAUGUGAUAGUACUGGAUGUUUAAACAAAGACAGCAGAACAGUCAUUUUUAGUGUUUAAUGCACCAGGACAUUAACGAAGGGCAAAUAUUCUAUGUUUAAAUACAACAGAUCUAUUUUGGUGCUGGUGUUGCUUAUUAUUUGCCUACUGUUUUAUCUAAUGACCCUAAUAAUAAUAAUAAUAAAAAAAACAA